AUGUCUGUCCCCACGGAGCUCCCCACGGAGCUCGGGUCACAAGCGGGGUCACCGCGCACGGCCCCGCCAAGCGUGGGGGCCGCCAUUGGCGCGCUUUUCCUCCAAAGGCCAAACCUUCCACACCGUGAUGACGAGGACUGGAAGCCUGAUGCAGGCGAUCCCAGGAGCGAGAAGUGGGACGAGGCAGAGCCAAAGGUCGAGCUGUGGUUCGAAACCAAGGACCUCAAAAGCCUAUGCCGCUUUGCCAGGGUGCACGAAGCGCGCCUUCAUCAUGCGACGCAGCGAGGCCUUGUGGGUGGGUCCUUGGCUUGA